AUGGCGUCGAAAAGCGCACGUCAACGUUCUACUGCUGUUCUAAUGCAGAAUUGUGAAUAUCCAAGCAAAACAAACCCGAGUAGAAAGCGCCAAAGAAGGGCGGACAGAAAGGAGAUUGGUGAUUGUCUGGGACAAGAAGACCAUAUUGACAAGAAAGUGGUGAGGACUGCAGGUGAUGAUGAACCGACCUUUCGUGUACCGGGUCCUAGAAAAAGACGAAAACGUCAAAGACCCUCCACUGAUCCAGUAUCACCUGGCCAACCUGUCGCCAAAACAGGCCCAAGAGUAAUUCAACAAGAGGCCAAAAACGGCCCGGAAACCAAGAAUGGCCGGACAGGUACCCCUAUCAUAGCGGAAGCCAAAAGGCGAGGCAAAGAUCAAGGUGACACCAAGGGUUUUGAGGCAAGAUGGGAAACCAAAAAUGUCCAGCAAGGUACGCGCGCCAUUGUGAAGGAAAACGGACGAGAGAAACAUGGCGACCAACCCAUGCGGCAUGAUCCAAGACCGGAAGUUAAGAAUGCCCGGCAAGGUACGCCCACCAUUGUGGAGGAAAACGGGCGACAUAACCAUAGCGAUGGCUCCAUGAGGUCUCGGUCAACACCGGAACCAGGAUCGGCACCGUCAGGUUUUCACCAGAUCAGGGUGCCAUACCUGAACGCUGAAGAAGUCAGGUAUCGGAGCACGGUUGGGGGAAUGGUGAAGAUAUUCGGAGAAGGAGAGUAUGGAUAUGUGGUCAGAGGAGAGUACACUCCGACAGGUGCUGAUGAAGCUGCAGACGUCGUGGCCAAGUACGUCAAGAACGGCAGAUCGAGUUUAGGUGGCAGUCACUACGAAGCUCGGAUGUUGGCGCAUCUAUCCGACACAGGGUGUGUGCCGAAAGUUUACGGCCUUUUGAAAGACGAAACGGGCAAAGGCGAACCUGCCAUAGUGCAGGAAUGUGUGGGUGGUGGACUGAGCUUAGAGGACGUCCUUAAACUGAAAGCCGCUCAGUCAACGUGGGUGGAAGUGUGUCUUCAGUCAGCCCAAGGCCUUGAAAAGAUCCACGCCAAACAUGUCCUCCUCAACGACAUCAAAGCCGACAACAUUUUGGUGGCUUGUGCCCCUGGAGGAAACAACAUCCGGUUCAUCGACAUGGGAAUGGCUUCUUACAAGUGCGGGGUUCGCUUCCGGUCUGAAGCAUCCAUGGCCAGAAGCCAUCACCUCGCACCGGAAGUGAGGGAAUGCGGCGUGACCUCUGAACUAUCGGAUAUCUACAGCUUGGGAAAGGUCAUCGAAAGUAUCGCCCUCAAGGCCAAGAAUAAAGUGCUGCAUGCCAUUGGUCAGCUGAUGACAUGUGAGGAUCCUUCUGAAAGAUGUAGUUUACAAACGGUAAUCGAACUUCUCAAAGAAUUCGCCAGUCGGAUGGCCCAAAUCCGAUCAGUUCAUGAACAGAAUAAUCUAUGA